AAUCGCUGUUUAGUCAAGCGGAGAGCUCGUUUCGAGAUGGACACGGAUGAGACAAAGGCUGGAACCUCGGGUCCGGGGACGUUUCACGAUGAGGUCGAUUUCACCAGCGGCUAUGAGACCCAGUACCGGAAGGAGUACAGCCCCUUAAAACCGAUCUACGUACCACCACCGGAUAAGAAACACGCCUGGUUUCGCAACUGGUCCACCAUCCUGAUGAUUGUCUUCCUUUCGUUUGUCUUUGUCCUUGGAACCGUGAUGCUGGUGGUCCAAGUUUUCACCGCCAGUCCCCUGCAGAUCUUUAUGAUCGUGGCCAUAUAUGUGGCUAUUGCCGCCGUAAUGAUCUGGCUGGAGGUGCAGUCCAUAAAAGUGCGGUGAAAUAUAAAGUUCUGUGACUAACUCGCUGCGUUAUCGCAUAAAAAUGCCGCUCUAUUUUUCAACGGUGGCCAUCGAACUGUAUUGUGCAAACAAAUUGAAUGCUUAACUAAAAAGGAAACGACUUUACUGAUUAGGCGCUAGGAACCAAAAACCCAUGAUUUAAAAUAAGCUCAAAAUAAAUAAAAACUAAAUCUAAAAAA